AUCAAUGUCACUUCGGUUGCUGAGGUGAAAGGAAAUCUGACAGUGGAUGCUAUAGACUAUUUUGUAACUGAUGCAUUUGGAAAAGGGCUAUAUGACUCAUGUAAAGAGGUGAAGUUUGGGACUAUGAAUACACGUGCGAUAAACUUUGUUGGCGGUGGUGCUCAGAAUUUCAGAGAGUGGUUCACAUUCAUUGGUCAGAAAGCUUUACCUGACUUCCCCGGUUCACCGUAUGCCAUUAAUUUCAAGCCAAGCCCUCCAGAUUCAUCCGCAAUGAUGCCGAUGAAUGUAUCUAUUUAUUCUUGCGGUGAUACAUCACUUGGUUGCUCCUGUGGUGAUUGCCCUUUGUCACCUGCUUGCUCAAACACUAAACCUCCGCCACCCCAUGAAAAGGAGACUUGCUUGAUUAGAAUUGGUCCUCUAAAGGUCAGAUGCAUUGAAAUAUCGAUGGUAGUUGUAUACGUUUUGAUGGCCUCCUGUUUCUUUGGAUGGGCUACUUUUUAUCGCAGAAGACAUGCAAUGCAACCUUCAAGUAGCACAGAGCCUCUACUGCAAUCUGUGGAAGAAGAUAGUUCUGAUACUGCAUUGAAGGACAGCAAACUUGGUGUCAAGGUAGAUCUUAGUGUUGGUUAA